AGGACAUACGUAUAUCCGGGAGGACAUAACCUCAAAAAGGAGAUAGAUAACCCGCUAUCUACGGAUGAACUGUCAAUUUCGGUGUGCAGAGGGGCGUGUUUUGCGACCGUCAGGAGAGGCCGGGGAAAUUCGUGUAGACUGACCAGAGUCCGCGAAUUUCCGUGUGCGUUGCCGGUACACAUCACCGAUCGCUUGAACGGAACGCCUCGUUCCGUAAAGUUUAAUCGGCGACCGCGCCCGUCGAGCCCGCCGAGCCCGCGCUCGCCUCGAGUGUCCGCUGAUUCAUCGCCACUGCCCUGUCGACAGCCGACGUCCCAUUUGGCUCGGCCUCGCCGUUGUCGAGCUUCUCGGUCUCGAGCGCGCAUCCACGCGAUCGUCCUGAGACCUGAGACCUGAAACGUCUUCUUUCACAAGUAGCAAGCGCGAAAUGACGGAGGUUUACAACUUGGGGGUCGAUGCCAUCAGCUGUCACGCAUGGAACAGAGAUAAAACUGAGGUUGCCAUAUGCCCCAACAACAAUGAGAUCCAAGUGCACAAACGUACUUCGUCUGGAUGGAAGUUGCUGGAGACUUUGGAGGAACAUCAUAUGGCUGUCAUGGGAAUCGACUGGGCGCCAAAGACUAAUCGCAUAGUCACCUGUUCCGCCGACAAGAAUGCCUAUGUAUGGACUCAGAAAGAGGACGGCAAGUGGGAUCCCGCUUGGGUUCUCUUGCGAAUAAAUCGAGCCGCUACUUGUGUAAAAUGGUCUCCUCUAGAAAAUAAAUUUGCCGUGGGCUCUGGAGGACGAGUUAUAGCUGUUUGUUACUUUGUAUCAGAGAAUAAUUGGUGGUUAUGUAAACAUAUUAAGCGUCCGUUGAGAUCUACGGUAACCACCGUCGACUGGCACCCAGACAACAAGGUUCUGGUCGCUGGGUCGACGGACUACAAGGUCCGGGUCUUCAGCGCAUUUAUCAGUGAUAUGGAGGAUGCUCCUGGUACUAGUCCUUGGGGACAGAGUAAUACCUUAGGAACGUUGUUGGCGGAGUUUCCUAAUACGCCCAAUGGAGGUGGCUGGAUACAUUUGGUAGCGUUCAGCCCAUGUGGCAAUAAAAUCUGUUGGGUGGCGCACAACUCGUCUAUAUGUGUCGCUGAUGCUACUAAAGGAAACGCAGUUAUGAGACUGUAUACAGAGCAUUUACCGUUUUUAAGUUGCAUUUGGAUAGGUUCUAAUAACAUUGUUGCCGCUGGGCAUAGCUGUAUGCCAAUGUUGUACUCCAUAGAUGACAAUGGACAAAUAUAUUUCGUUUCAAAGUUGGACAACACGCAAAAAAAGGAGAUUGCCGGAUUAUCCGCUAUGCGAAAGUUCCAGUCGCUGGAUCGACAAGCGAGGAACGAGACGAACGAUAAUGCUCUGGAUAGCGUGCAUCAAAACACGAUCAACUGCAUUCGUCGGGUAUCCGAUCGUGAAUUUAGCACGAGCAGUUUAGACGGACAACUCGUAGUUUGGGACUUGAAGCUUCUAGAGAAUUCCAUUGCUGGUCUCAAGAUAGCGUAAGCAUGAAACUUUUUUUAUAUUGCGAAGAUCAGAGAUAUUACAUUACAUCCAAUACAACGAUGUAUAAAUGUUAAAAUGAAUACUAUACAAUUUCUCAUUAA